GAUGACCAGAGACUGCGGACACAGUACAGGGAUGACCAGAGACUGCGGACACAGUACAGGGAUGACCAGAGACUGCGGACACAGUACAGGGAUGACCAGAGACUGCGGACACAGUACAGGAGAUGACCAGAGACUGUGGACAUAGUACAGGAGAUGACCAGAGACUGCGGACACAGUACAGGGAUGACCAGAGACUGCAGACACAGUACAGGGAUGACCAGAGACUGCAGACAGUACAGGAGAUGACCAGAGACUGCAGACACAGUACAGGAGAUGACCAGAGACUGCGGACAGUACAGGGGAUGACCAGAGACUGCGGACAG